UUGACUGAACUGCUUACGUGCUUACUUUACUUUGUGUUGUCUUGUCCUGUCCUGAUUACUGAAACGAGUAGACAGUGAGUGAAAUCUCUCAACCUAGUAGUUGUGAUCAGUUUUUAUCAACUAACAACCCAUCUUGUGUUGUGAUAAGUAUGCUCUAUUUCAGAAUAGGUGUUCUUUGCAGAGAAAACUGAUAUUUCACAAUCCAGCCUAGUGGAAGAAAUACAAUUAAAUGAUGGCAGAGUCGGAAAACACUCAUACUAACUGGAAGAACAUCACGUCAUCUCUGCAUAAGAUUGUAGAAUGUCCAGUGUGUCUGGAUACAAUCCAAAUUCCAUUUAAGACGUGCAGCAGAGGUCAUGGGGUUUGUAACUGCUGUUGCGAGAAGUUAAAGAAUUGCCCGACGUGCGAAGGUCCAUUCACAACAGAGAAUCCUGUGUGUUUAAAAAACCUUCUGGAAGCCCUACCUCGUCAGUGCAAGUACCAUGAAGAUGGUUGUCAAGUCAUUCUGCAGUCAGGGAGUGACCAUGAAGAAUUUUGUGGAUUUAGACCUGCAGAGUGUAGGCAAAAGGAUUGCAACACUGUGAUUCCUUUGAUAAAACUGGUGGAUCACUAUGAGAAUGAGCAUUAUGACUCACUCUAUAAGUACGACGCAAAUUCAGCUAAUACUUGGUCUUGGAUACCGUUUAAGCCUGAGGAAUACUAUUUUGUAAAUUUGCUUACCUCCGUAUUUAACAAUAUAUUCUGGGUUACCGAAAAUUUAAAUGAGAAAUGUUUUGAACUUACCUUUGAAGCAACUCCAAUUGGAAAGUUGAAAAAUGAACAUUUCGUAAGAGUAGAGUUUAAAAAAGGUGAGUUUGUAUAUGUGUCUACAUUAAAGGCUUCUGUAGUGAAGUGUUCUGAAAUAGGGGGGAUAAGUAACACAGAUGAUGAAAAUAGUUGCAUGAGGAUUCCACAAAGCGCCUUGUACAAUGUCAUUGAUGAAGAAAAUCUUGUAUGUGAGGCUACGUUUUUUGAACGCCAAAAGUAAAAUUCCUUAUGUACAUGAACCUUGUUCAAAUAGUGUUGCAAUCUAAGUUUUGUAUAUUAAGCUUUGACAUUUUUUGCUGUUUUUAAGAUUUGACAAUCCAUUGUGCUAUGUAUUUUAUAAGAUUUAUAAGGGUUAUCAACGAUUUUAAGCAAAUGUGUAGAAUGACUACAGUGCCUUUAACUAAAUUAUUUUGUAGUUGUGAAGAGUAAGACAAUAGUGUCAUAUAAUAGAGGAAACCUAUAGACAUUAUUUUUUUAAGAUUUUGUAAGUGUGUGGUUUAUAGUGUCAAUGUUUUUGAGCUCAUAAGAUACUGUACAAUGAUUAUUGAGUAUCUGUAAUAUGCAGGAUAGUAGGGAUGGGCUAAAUGAUUAUUGGUGUUAUCAUUUUAAAAGUGAUCGUAACUAUGUCAUGAUUUUGUAUUUUGCCACACAAUGAUGCAAUUUAUGGUAUUUUUUGAUAUUUUUUUAUUAAAGGGUAUUUUUAAGAUCUUCUGCUAGUUUAAGUAUUUUGAUAAGUUGAUGUAAUCUAAAAAAGUGAGACUCAAUUAAACUUUACUUGUUUGUGUAUGAAA